AUGCCCACCGACAUGACUUCCGAGCGCACGCAGGUCCCCUGGAUUGGCUCCGUCCAGGUGUCCCUGUCCUUCGCCAUGUGCGCGGUCAGCGGCCGGCUCACCGACGCAGGCUGGGCCAAGGAGAUGGUCCUCUUUGGCAGAUUCUUUGCCGUCUUUGGAAUCUUUGUGACUAGUCUGGGUAGCACUUGGUGGCACUUCUUCCUCGCACAGGGGAUCUGCACUGGCAUCGGUCUGGGGCUGGCCUUUAUGCCCUGCGCCACGGUCGUGAGCACGUACUUUAGGCGGCACCGCGCGUUCGCGCUCGCGCUGGCUUCCACGGGCUCGUCCUGGGGGAGUCACGUGUUUCCGUCCAUUGUGCAGUAUCUCACCCCGUCGAUUGGGUUUGCGUGGGCGAUCCGUUGCGCAGCAUUCGUCGGCCUCACAAUCUGCGUCGUUGCGAAAUUGCUGCUCAAGCCACGGGUUGCUCCCAGGAAGUCCGGUAUCCCCGCGCGUCCCCUGGCUGGCCAUCUCGCUGAUCGUUCCUUUGGUCCCGCCCAUGAGUUCUCAAGCAUGCUGUGCGCCAUUGGGCUCGCACUCUCUGCUUGGACUGCCGUGGCGACGUGCGUGGAAAUGUAUUUCUUCGUCGCAUUCUAUGGCUUCGUAACAGGCGCAGGCCAAGGGUGCUACUUUGGGGCGCUCGCCAGCCUGACAAAAGAUCCGCAGAAGAUGGGAAUGAGAUUUGGCAUGGUCUCGACUAUGACCGCCUUUGCAGUGCUUACAGGGCCUCCGACUGGAGGUGCGCUCAUCGAAAGGAUGGACGGUUUGUAUGUGGGCGCGCAGGUCUGGGGCGGAUCCGAUGCUGUAGCCACUGCGGUGUCAGUUCUGGGCUCGAGACUUGCGACAAAGGGUUUCAAGUUCAAGGACAAGAUCUAG